UUUCAAUGCUGUCUUUGUUUGUUUCCCGAGAGAAUAUAAACACUGAAUAUCUCAUUUGAGUUUCUGCAAGUUGUGGAAGAAAGAAAGGAGAAUCAUGCAGGCCGUUAAGGAUAAGAUUAGUGACAUGAACGCCAUGCGCAAGGUCAAGGCAGAGGCAAAAGCAGAAGAGAAGGCUGAGAAGGAAAUAGCAAAAGCAAGAAUGGAGGUAGCACAUGAAGUAAGAUUGGCAAAAGAGGCAGAAGCAGCAAUGGAUAUGCAUGUUGCAAAAGCUGGACAGAAGGCUCAGAGAGAAUUGGCUAAACACAAUAUGACUUCUGCCUCUGCUACAGCUUCCACUGGCAUGCCUAAUACUAUGGCUCCUCCUACCAACAAUAUGUCUGGUCCUCCUCAUCACAAUAACCCCAUGAUGUAAUUUAAUUUCCCAUUUCUCCAUUGCUAUUUUUGCCUGCUCUAUUCACUCUUGUUUUUCACUUCAUUUCUUGUUAAAGUUUCUGUUUUUUUAUUUUUUUUUUAUGUGUGUUAAUUAAUUCACCUAGCUAUAUAUUUGGGGGCUUCAAUGUCUAUGUUUGUAACAAUUAUAUAUCAAAUUUGCUUUUCACCAUGAUGUAGUGAUGAGAAUGAGUAGGCUUUGAUAUGAUAAUGGACUUUUUCUAGCAUCUUAAUUUCUUUA